AUGGUGAACACCAGAAUCAAGAAAACCCUUAAACCAUCCUUCUCACAAGCUUCCACGGAGGAUUCUGAUCAUCAAUCGAUUGAAUCUGGAGCUUUGAUUGGUUCCAAUGAUGACAUUUUAACCGAAAUUCUCCUCCGGCUCCCUGUUACCUCCAUCCUUCGCUUCAAAUCUGUUUCCAAACACUGGCGUUUGCUUUUGAGUCACAGCCAUCUCACCCAAAGGUAUGAUCACCUUUCUAAAUCCCCUGGCCUUUUUGCUCACGAUAAAUAUCUCCCCUUUGAUGUUGAUAACCCAACCACUCCUCCUUUUAGUAGUCUUGAUUCCUACUUUGAUCUUCCGAAUGUCAAAAUCGUGCAAUCUUGUAAUGGCUUACUACUUUGCUGCACUGACCGUGGGCCCAAAGGCCGCAAAGGUGCUCUUAACUAUUACGUCUUUAAUCCCACCACCAAACAAGUGGCAGUCAUCCCACCGAUUUGCGGAGGUUCUAAAAUUCGUAAAACAAUCCGUUUUAUGGGUCUGGCAUAUCAUCAAACAGAUUGUGUUCACUACAAGGUUGUUUGCGUUCGUCGUCUUAAGCCUGGUGUGGAUUUGUUUCAGAUUCAAGUCUACUCGUCUGAUACAAAGAAAUGGGAGAUUUCUAGCGAAUCUUUGUGUAUAUGUAAACACGUUUUCUUCGGCCACGUGGUUUACUGGAACGGAGCUGUUCAUUGGGCUCCGUUUUCUGGCUGUCCGUUUAACUUUAAACUAGAUGUUGAACAGUUGCAAAUGUUGCCCUUGCCGGAUGGCUAUACGUCUUCCGAGAUAUUCAUAAUGUACUUUGGAGAAUCUAGAGGUCAUCUACAUUUGGUAGUACACAAGAACCGUGAAGAUAAUUGUUUAUGCCUGAAUGUGUAUGAGAUGUUGAGCGCUAUGCAGUUAAUACGGAAAAAUAUCGGUUAUCGGUCAAGGACCGAUAUAUGA